UUUUUUCUAGUGGUAAGAUUCUUUUUUUUUUUUUUUCUUUUUCUUUGGAAAGAGGGGAAUUUCGUCCCAAAUCAAAGGAAUGAAGUCUGGCUCCGGAGGAGGGUCCCCGACCUCGCUGUGGGGGCUCCUGUGUCUCUCCGCCGCGCUCUCGCUCUGGCCGACGAGUGGAGAAAUCUGUGGACCAGGCAUCGACAUCCGCAAUGACUACCAGCAGCUGAGGCGCCUGGAGAACUGCACAGUGAUCGAGGGCUACCUCCACAUCCUGCUCAUCUCCAAGGCCGAGGACUACCGCAGCUACCGCUUCCCCAAGCUCACCGUCAUCACCGAGUACCUGCUGCUGUUCCGCGUGGCCGGCCUGGAGAGCCUCGGGGACCUCUUCCCCAACCUCACGGUCAUCCGUGGCUGGAAACUCUUCUACAACUACGCCCUGGUCAUCUUCGAGAUGACCAAUCUCAAGGACAUUGGGCUGUACAACCUGAGGAACAUUACUCGGGGGGCUAUCAGAAUCGAGAAGAAUGCUGACCUCUGUUACCUCUCCACGGUGGACUGGUCCCUGAUCCUGGAUGCCGUGUCCAAUAACUACAUCGUGGGGAACAAGUCCCCAAAGGAAUGUGGGGACCUGUGUCCCGGGACCAUGGAGGAGAAGCCGGUGUGUGAGAAGACCACCAUCAACAACGAGUACAACUACCGCUGCUGGACCACGAAUCACUGCCAGAAAAUGUGCCCCAGCGCGUGCGGGAAGCGCGCGUGCACGGAGGACAACGAGUGCUGCCACGCCGAGUGCCUGGGCAGCUGCACGGUGCCCGACAACGCCACGGCGUGCGUGGCCUGCCGCCACUACUUCCACCGCGGCGAGUGCGUGCCCGACUGCCCGCCCGACACCUACAAGUUCGAGGGCUGGCGCUGUGUGGACCGCGACGCCUGCGCCAACAUCCCCAGCGCCGAGAGCGGCGACUCGGAGGGCUUCGUCAUCCACGACGGCGCCUGCAUGCAGGAGUGCCCGUCGGGCUUCAUCCGCAACGGCUCCCAGAGCAUGUACUGUAUCCCCUGCGAAGGUCCUUGCCCCAAGGUUUGUGGAGAGGAAGAAAAGAAGACAAAAACUAUCGACUCCGUUACUUCUGCUCAGAUGCUCCAAGGAUGCACCAUCUUCCGGGGAAAUUUGCUCAUUAAUAUCCGACGAGGCAAUAACAUUGCUUCGGAGCUGGAGACCUUCAUGGGGCUCAUUGAGGUGGUGACGGGUUACGUGAAGAUCCGCCAUUCGCACGCCCUGGUCUCCUUGUCCUUCCUCAAAAACCUUCGCCAUAUUCUAGGAGAGGAGCAGCUGGAAGGGAACUACUCCUUCUACGUCUUGGAUAACCAGAACCUUCAGCAGCUGUGGGACUGGGACCACCGCAACCUCACCAUCAAAUCGGGGAAGAUGUACUUUGCAUUCAACCCCAAGCUGUGUGUUUCCGAAAUUUACCGCAUGGAGGAAGUGACGGGGACGAAAGGACGCCAGAGCAAAGGGGACAUAAACACUAGGAACAAUGGGGAAAGAGCCUCCUGUGAAAGUGACGUCCUGCAUUUUACCUCUACCACCACGUGGAAGAACCACAUCAUCAUCACGUGGCACCGGUACCGGCCCCCGGACUACAGGGACCUCAUCAGCUUCACCGUGUACUACAAGGAGGCACCCUUUAAAAACGUCACAGAAUAUGAUGGACAGGAUGCCUGUGGCUCCAACAGCUGGAACAUGGUAGACGUGGACCUCCCUAACAAUAAAGACAAGGAGCCCGGCAUUCUCCUGCAGGGGCUGAAGCCCUGGACACAAUAUGCCGUCUACGUCAAGGCCGUGACCCUCACCAUGGUAGAGAAUGACCACAUCCGUGGGGCCAAGAGUGAAAUCUUAUACAUUCGCACCAAUGCUUCAGUUCCUUCCAUUCCACUGGAUGUCCUCUCGGCUUCGAACUCCUCCUCUCAGCUGAUCGUGAAGUGGAAUCCACCAUCCCUGCCCAAUGGCAACCUGAGUUACUACAUCGUGAGGUGGCAGCGACAGCCUCAGGACGGCUAUCUGUACCGGCACAACUACUGCUCCAAAGACAAAAUCCCCAUUAGGAAAUAUGCCGAUGGCACCAUCGACGUGGAGGAGGUGACAGAGAAUCCCAACACAGAGGUGUGUGGCGGGGAGAAAGGACCCUGCUGCACUUGCCCCAAAACGGAAGCUGAGAAGCAAGCUGAGAAGGAGGAGGCCGAGUACCGCAAAGUCUUUGAGAAUUUCCUGCACAACUCAAUCUUUGUGCCCAGACCUGAAAGGAAGCGGAGAGACAUCAUGCAGGUGGCCAACACCACCAUGUCCAGCCGGAGCAGGAAUGCCACAGUGGUGGACGUCUACAAUAUCACAGACCCAGAAGAGGUGGAGACAGAAUACCCUUUCUUUGAGAGCAGAGUGGAUAACAAAGAGAGAACUGUCAUUUCGAACCUCCAGCCUUUCACUUUGUACCGCAUCGAUAUUCACAGCUGUAACCACGAGGCUGAGAAGUUAGGUUGCAGCGCCUCCAACUUUGUCUUUGCAAGAACCAUGCCUGCAGAAGGAGCAGAUGACAUUCCUGGACCGGUCACCUGGGAACCAAGGCCAGAGAACUCCAUCUUUUUAAAGUGGCCAGAACCUGAGAACCCAAAUGGACUCAUUCUGAUGUAUGAGAUCAAAUACGGUUCCCAGGUGGAGGACCAGCGGGAAUGUGUGUCCAGACAGGAAUACAGGAAGUACGGAGGGGCCAGGCUUAACCGGCUAAACCCAGGGAACUACACCGCCCGAAUUCAGGCUACCUCUCUCUCUGGAAAUGGGUCGUGGACAGAUCCUGUGUUCUUCUAUGUCCCAGCCAAAACCACCUAUGAAAAUUUCAUGCACCUGAUCAUCGCUCUGCCCGUGGCCAUCGUCCUGAUCGUGGGGGGUCUGGUGAUCAUGCUGUACGUCUUCCACAGAAAGAGGAAUAACAGUAGGCUGGGCAACGGAGUGCUCUAUGCCUCUGUGAACCCAGAGUACUUCAGUGCAGCAGAUGUGUACAUUCCUGAUGAGUGGGAGGUAGCCCGGGAGAAGAUCACCAUGAACCGGGAGCUUGGGCAGGGGUCCUUUGGGAUGGUCUAUGAAGGUGUGGCUAAGGGUGUGGUUAAAGAUGAGCCUGAAACCAGAGUGGCCAUUAAGACGGUGAACGAGGCAGCCAGCAUGCGGGAAAGGAUUGAGUUUCUCAAUGAGGCUUCAGUGAUGAAGGAGUUCAAUUGUCACCACGUGGUACGGUUGCUGGGCGUGGUGUCCCAAGGCCAGCCAACGCUGGUCAUCAUGGAACUGAUGACCCGGGGCGAUCUCAAAAGUUACCUCAGGUCUCUGAGGCCGGAAACAGAGCAGAAGAACGUAGUCCUGGAACCUCCCAGUCUGAGCAAGAUGAUCCAGAUGGCUGGCGAGAUUGCCGACGGCAUGGCAUACCUCAACGCCAACAAGUUUGUCCACAGAGACCUCGCGGCCCGCAAUUGCAUGGUGGCCGAGGAUUUCACAGUCAAAAUCGGAGAUUUUGGUAUGACUCGAGAUAUCUAUGAGACAGACUACUACCGGAAAGGAGGCAAGGGCCUGCUGCCCGUGCGCUGGAUGUCCCCGGAGUCACUUAAGGACGGCGUCUUCACCACCCAUUCGGAUGUCUGGUCCUUCGGGGUGGUCCUCUGGGAGAUCGCCACACUGGCUGAGCAGCCAUACCAAGGCUUGUCCAACGAGCAAGUCCUUCGCUUCGUCAUGGAAGGCGGGCUUCUAGACAAACCAGACAACUGCCCCGACAUGCUGUUCGAGCUGAUGCGGAUGUGCUGGCAGUACAACCCCAAGAUGCGGCCCUCCUUCCUGGAGAUCAUCGGCAGCAUCAAGGAUGAGAUGGAGCCGGGCUUCCGCGAGGUCUCCUUCUACUACAGCGAGGAGAACAAGCCCCCCGAAUCCGAGGAGCUGGACCUGGAGCCCGAGAACAUGGAGAGCGUGCCCCUGGACCCCUCGGCCUCCUCCUCCUCCCUGCCUCUGCCCGACAGACACUCAGGACACAAGGCCGAGAAUGGCCCGGGCCCUGGAGUGCUGGUCCUGCGAGCCAGCUUCGACGAGAGACAGCCGUACGCGCACAUGAACGGCGGCCGCGCCAACGAGCGCCCGCUGCCGCUGCCCCAGUCGUCCACCUGCUGAUGCUCGGAGCCGCUGACAGUAACGUGGACGCAGGGGCGGGCCGGGAGAGUGGGGCCCACCAUGGAGUCACAAGCCUCCUGCACCUCAGUGGAUCUUCAGAGCAACCAUGGCUACCCAACGGGGGACAGCUUCUCCGCAGUAAACGCAUUUGGGGUGUUCCUUUUUCAAUAUGCAAGCAGCCUUUUUAUUUCCCUCCCCAAAACACUACUGGGCAAGGGCCUCUACACACCUGAAUGAUAACAAUAGCAACACAGCCGCUCUGCCUCUCUCUCUCCUCUCUCUCUCUCUCUCUCUCUCUCUCUUUCUCUCUCUCCCUUUUCUGCUUCAUAAUGGAAAAAACAAACAACAAACCUCUGCAGCAAGCCCAACCAAGAAGUGUCCCCCCCCACCCCCCCGUGUCUACGCUCCCCGCACCCACCCGCCCGACACCAUAUAUGUCUUUACACAAACAUAGAACACGCACACACACGCACAUAGAGAACAACUUUUUUUUUUUUUAACAAUCUUUAGCCUUUUCAUAGGGCCUUCCAAAAACUUAAAGGGUCAUUGUUCAUCCAUGUUUGUUAACCAUUUUUAUGCUGCCAAAUUUUUGCCAAAAUCCUGGAUUUGUGUUUCCUCCCCUCCCCCCGCCGUGGCCACGCCGCUCUGAGGCACGGGGGGGGGGGGUACAUCCAGCAGGCCCUUGUUCACCUCCGGUUUAAGGGAUGGGUGGGUGAUGGGCCCCAUGACCCCCCUCCUCCGACCCCCCACAUCCACUCAGCUCUCCUUGAUUAUGACAACCAGGCUGUUACGGGGCUGAUGAGAAAACGGGGUUCUCUUCUGUGGACAUUGUGCCAUUCUCUUCCCCAGCCUCCUCCCUACUGACCUCCACCACCCCACCCCAAGGGACACAGACGGGCCGGGGCUGCAGGCGGGCAUUCAGACACACAGUAGCGGGAAGAAUAGCAGGCGACAGAUUCAAGCAUUCUAAGCUCUGUGACUAGGACUUCCUCACGGUCUUACAGUUCUAUGUUAGACCAGGAAAACAUUUGCAUACACGUCGUCUUUAAUGUCACUUUUAUAACUUUUUUAUGAUUCAGAUAUUCAUCUAUAUGUCUGUACAGAAAAAAAAGCUGCUAUUUUUUUUUGGUUAUUGUUCUUUAUCUUUGUGGAUUUAAUCUAUGAAAAGUUACAGGUCUCCUUUUUCUUCUCUUCUGCUCACUCCAAGAAAACUUCUUAAUGCUUUGUACUAGAGUGUGUGAUUUCCGCCUCCCCCCACCCCCUUUUGCUCUUCUCCCAGCAAUGGAUACUUCUGGACCAUAAUUUGCCAUUAACUCUUUGAUGCCUGGUGGUUUUUUGUUGUUGUUGUUUGUUUUUAUCUUUUUGUGGAUUUUUUUUCUCUUUUUAUUUUGGUUUUUCUUUUGUUUUUUGGAGGGUUUUUUUUUAAUGUAAAUACAUCUCUCCCUUUCCUGCUGUCCCCAGUCCCAUUCGUUGUAUUCUAACCUGUAGGUUCUGUGGACACAAGGUUAGGGCAUGAGCAGAUGGGGCUGGGGUGGAGGCCACAGGACCUCGUUCCCCUCUGUGGUCAGGUGCCCCUUCUGUCCCAGACCAGACGUGAUACAAACUCAGGUCAGAAAACAAAACAGAAUAGCUCACAUGUCCUUGUUGGGUAUUUGUCCUCCUCAUUGUCUUAUCUGUCACUUUCCCUUGCCGCUCUUUUGGUGGUAACAUGCAUCUAUCUGUAUUUAGAGAGAGAGAGAGAUUCUUGGGUACAACAGCAGUAUUCAACUGCAGACACUUAGGCAUUUGGAAUGCUGAUUUUUUUUGAUCAUUUUUAUUUCAUGACUAUUUAAUCCUUCCAUCCCCUGAAACACCUGUACAGCAAGCAGAAUGUGGCUUGGCCAUCUUCAUCGGACCUACCUGUGCCUUACAGCCACAGCAGGCCGGUGGUGGGGGAGGGUGCUGCGCACGGGGCCUGCCAGCCUGAGUGCGAACAGGGCAGUGCUAGCUGCACAGCAGCCCCGGAUUCCUUCAUUCUCUCCUAGGAGAUGGGAGCCUGGCCUUGGCGGGCCUUCCUUGGCUGGGAAUCUCGGUCCUGGGGUGCAGGAAGGACAGAGUCUUGCUCGAUUACGUUUUGUUUUUCACAGCACACGCAUUGCUUCUGGGAUGAAAUGUUAAAAAAAAAAAAAUGAGUGAGCACAAAGCUCAAAGAUGAUGACUGCUAGUCGUGGCUGGAGAUUAAAUCCAGAAAAGCAAAGGUGCCAAGCUUUUCUGCUUGUGAGUAGAUUCAGUCUCAGCUUUCUUACUAGCCUCAGUCAGUGUUUCCCCUUAAAAAGAAAAAAAAAAGAAAACGCUAAAUAAGAACGUAUUAUGAGUAGUUUUCUUUUAAUUUAUUUUGUGAUACCAGUAGAGAAUCCCCCAUUAUGAACUUAAAGGCAAAGGUUAGAAUGUGUGUAUGUGUGUGUGUGUGUGUGUGCAGGACAGGAUAGUUUUGGGGGUGUUUUGGUUAUUGCUUUUCAAACAUUUAUCUACCUCACUCUUAUUUUUUUAUAUGUGUAUAUAGGGAAAAAAAA